AUGAACAACCAGGGAAACACAGGAGGGCCGUCCGGCGGUAAGGACGACUUCCUCGACAAGGGCCUCACCGCCGUGCAGAAAAAGUACGGCGGAGCGAAGUUCAGCGAUCCGAACAAGAACAAGGCCACGAACGAGAAGAUUACGGACAAGGCCCGCAGCAUGUUCGAGAAGACGACGGGGAUGAAGGUUCCGAAAUGGUUGUCGAACUAA